CGUAGAGCAGCGAUCGGAUUCACCUCGUCUCCUCGCUCCAAUCGCAGCAAUUUGAUCGCAGAUACUAUCGCCGCCGCCGCCGCCGCAGGAACUGCGAUGCUUUCUCCUUCGUCUUCGUCGCAGCUUCACCACGGUUACCACAACCACCACCAAUACGUAGCAUAUGUGAAAUCCCUAAAUUCCAGUCAUCCAUUUUGCUGUGGAAGAGUCCGCUCCGAGCCCUAAUCUCGAUCGAGAAUCGCACUGCUCGAUGCCUAGCUAUGAAGUCCAAAGUUCUCAACUCGCCAUUGAGAAUCGCUCUGCUCCAAUCCCUAGCCAUGGCGUCCAAAAGCUCUCGACACGAGGAUCAUUGAGCCGUUUCCCCUGUUUCAGCAAUCUCGUAGUGGUCGAAGGCGGCCUCUGGUGGUUGUUGCGUGAAGUCGCCGACUUCAAAGCCUCUGCAAGCUAGCCAUGGACCACGAAAUGGAUUGUGAUUUUCAUGCAAUUGAAAAUACCUUCAGAUUUUGGCGCCUGCUUGGGAAUUGGUCUUGUGUUGAUAUUUGAAAGUAAAGGAGAAUCAUGGAUCUUCUGCAACUCCGAGAAGCAGGUCAUUGUACCUCAAGAAUUCCACUUCGGAAUAGAUCGGCAGAGAGCUACGGCUUGGAAGGCUUGGAGCUUAAUGGUCUUUGAGAAGCAUGAGGACUACAAGGUACAAACUGAAUGCCAUUUGUUUUCUUUCUUUGCAAGCCACUCUGUAUAUGUGUCAACUAAGUUGAUGUCAUCCGAUUGUUCAAAUACUGAAAUAGAUAGACUACUAAAUUAC